AUGGGACAAGAAUAUUUGAUUGCAAAUCUUCCUAUCAUCGAUUUAUCGUCACCUGAUCGAAUUUCUACACCUGCUAUUCUUCGUCAGGCAUGCAUUGAAGUCGGUUUCUUCUACAUUGUGAAUCAUGGAGUGGACAAAGCUCUAUACGAGAGAUUGUUUGAAGAGAGUAAGAAAUUCUUUUCACUUCCCGAGGAAGAGAAAAUGAAACUCGAAAGGAAGAAGGAAUUCAGUGGAUAUACUGCAUUAUAUUCUGAGAAGUUGGACACUUCUUUAAACACUAUAGGUGACCCGAAGGAGUCUUUCUACAUUGGCCCGCUUCAUGAUGAAAUCUACACUUUGAACCGGUGGCCUUCUGAAGAGCUUGUUCCAAAUUGGAGACCAACUGUAGAAGCAUACCAUAGACAAGUUCUGAGUGCAGGAAAAAGUUUACUAUCACUCCUUGCACUGGCAUUGAACCUCGAUGAGAACUUUUUUGAGAAUGUAGGAGCACUGGAUCCACCAAUGCCUUUUCUUCGCCUCUUACAUUAUCCAGAAGGUGACCCCAGUUGCCACAAUGAUGAAGUAUUAGGGGCUUCUGCUCACUCUGAUUAUGGAAUGAUCACUCUGUUGGCCACUGAUGGUGUUCCUGGAUUACAGGUCUGUCGGGAAAAGGAUCGUCAGCCACAGAUUUGGGAGAAUGUUCCUCAUGUUGAGGGGGCAAUAAUUGUCAACAUUGGAGACAUGACAGAAAGGUGGACAAAUGGUUUAUUUAGGUAA